GUACAAAGCAAUUGUAAAUCCCAUGGACAUCCAGGCCUCCAGUGCAGUGCUAUGGACCUGUCUUAAAGCCAUUGUCAUCUGGGUAAUCUCCAUGCUCCUAUCAGUUCCUGAAGCAGUGUUCUCCGAACUGGCCUACAUCAAUGAUGUGGAUAAUGCCACUUUCACAGCCUGCAUACCAUACCCCAUGACGGAUGACAUGCACCCGAAGAUCCAUUCUGUGCUGAUUUUCCUUGUGUAUUUUCUUAUCCCUCUUGCCAUUAUCAGUAUCUAUUACUAUCAUAUUGCAAAGAGUUUAGUAAAAAGUGCUCACAAUAUCCCUGGAGAAUACAGUGAGCAUUGCAAAAGACAGAUGGAAACUCGGAAACGUCUGGCAAAAAUUGUUCUAGUUUUUGUUGGCUUCUUUGCUCUCUGCUGGUUUCCUAACCACGUGCUAUACAUGUACCGAUCUUUUAAUUACAGUAAGAUUGAUCCAUCGACAGGACAUAUGAUUGUUACCUUAGUGGCUCGAGUACUAAGCUUCUGCAACUCAUGUGUCAACCCAUUUGCACUGUAUUUUCUCAGCGAGAGUUUUAGAAGACAUUUCAACAACCAGCUUCACUGCAGGAGGAAAGCUCGGGAAGAGAGAUCUGCCAGCUACUUGCGCAGCUCUUCUGCCAUUCAAAUGGCUUCUCUGAAAAGCAAUACCAGGACCACAGUGACUAGCACGACACAAUUAAAUGGACACAACUUGAAACAAGAAAUGUCAUUAUGA